AUGAUGAAGCUUAAGUUCUCUUACUUUUCUGGAUACUGUGGAUCCUUUCUCUUUCUGCAAGUGAUGAUGUCUUCAGGGAAACUGAUGGUAACUACUACUACAAAACAUGUGUUAGCUAGAGUAGGAGGCCAGGCUGAGCUCAGCUGCCAGGUGACCCCACUACACAAUGUGGAGUAUAUGGAGGUGCGCUGGUUCAGGAGUGUCCAUUCUCAACCUGUUUACCUGUAUAGAGGUGGCCAUGGAAUGAAUGGAGAAGCUGCACCUGAAUAUGUGAAUCGUACAGAGUUUAUGAAAGAUGCCAUUGGGAAGGGCAGAGUGGCCCUCAGAAUUCACAAUAUCAGCAUUUCUGAUGAUGGGCUUUACCAAUGUUCAUUUAGUGAUGAUAGUGGCUUCAUUGACGUGGCCAGAAUGAACCUCAGUGUAACUGCAGUUGGACUGGAGACACAGAUCCAUGUUCAGGCUCCUGAUGCUAAUGGAGUCAUGGUGGAGUGUAACUCAGGAGGGUGGUUCCCACAGCCCCAAAUGGAGUGGAGAGACAGCAGGGGGAAAGCACUUCCACCAUCAUCAAAAUCGUAUUCACAGGAUGAAGCCAGAUUUUUCCACAUGACGAUGACUCUGCUUACAAACCGGUCACAGGGCAAUAUCAUAUGCUGUAUUUUCAACCCUGUAACAGGUGAAGAGAAGCAAACAAGUAUCAUCCUAGCAAAUGGUCUCUUUAAUCAGGAUGGCAUUUGGAUGAGCUUUUUAGUUUUCAUUGCAUUUAUAAUGCUCCUUUUAUUUGUGAUAUACAUCAGCUGCCUUUGCAUAAAGCAUGGAUUUGGAUGUCUGCAUAGAUGUCUCCCUUUGUUGAACUCAUGGCCUGUUCACACACUGAGUUUCUUAGCCUGUGCUUUAGUACUCUUUGCUGUGUAUCUACCAUUCCGGAUCAGAGUCUCUCUUUCAGAUCCUCAGUUUCCCUUAUACAAAUCCUGGAUAACCGAAUUGAUAUAUGUGAUAAUUUUCCUGCUGAUGUUUUUUCUCUUACCAAUCAUUGUCUUAAUAUUGAUACAACUUGCACGUUUCCACCACAUCCCCAAAUAG